GCGGCAUUGGAAGCCAGAGACGUGGAAACAGAGGGUAAGAGAAGUGGAGCGAGAUACACAGGCGUGGAGAGCGUGGAGAGACGCAGAGGGACGUGAAGAGACUAAGCAAAGGCACUAAGCAGGAGGCGAGCAGGGUGUAAGACGAGGAGGAGCUUGGCCGCCCCUGGAGCCCCAGCCCCGCCUUCAUGCCCGGCAGGUGCCCGGCCUGGUCCAUCCUCCCAGGUAAGCCUCAGCCAGUGCUGCAGGUGAUCUGAGAUAAACCCCAGGUGACUCUUGAGGAGUGUCUGCAGACCAGAGGAUGGCCCAAGUCCUGCACGUGCCAGCCCCCUUCCCAGGGGCCCCCGGUCCAGCCUCCCCACCCGCCUUCCCUGCCAGGGAGCCUGACCCACCAUACUCCGUGGAGACGCCCUACGGCUACCGCCUCGACCUGGACUUUCUCAAGUACGUGGAUGACAUUGAGAAAGGCCACACGCUCCGGCGCGUGGCCGUGCAGCGCCGGCCCCGCCUCGGCUCACUGCCACGGGGUCCCGGCUCCUGGUGGACAUCCACUGAGUCUCUGUGCUCUAAUGCCAGUGGGGACAGCCGCCACUCGGCCUACUCCUACUGUGGCCGUGGCUUCUACCCGCAGUAUGGUGCCCUAGAGACGCGCGCUGGCUUCAACCCGCGCGUGGAGCGCACGCUGCUGGACGCCCGUCGCCGCCUGGAGGACCAGGCGGCUGCACCCACUGGCUUGGGCUCCCUGACCCCCAGCGCAGCAGGCUCCACAAGCUCGUUGGUGGGCGUGGGGCUGCCACCCCCAACGCCACGGGGCUCGGGACUGUCCACACCCGUGCCUCCCAGCGCUGGGCACCUGGCCCACGUGCGGGAACAGAUGGCGGGUGCGCUACGGAAGCUGCGGCAGCUGGAGGAGCAGGUGAAGCUGAUCCCCGUGCUCCAGGUGAAGCUCUCUGUGCUGCAGGAGGAGAAACGGCAGCUCACAGUACAGCUCAAGAGCCAGAAAUUCCUGGGCCACCCCACAGGGGCCCGGAGCCGCAGUGAGCUCUGCCUGGACCUCCCAGAGCCCCCCGAGGACCCGGUGACCCUCGAGACCCGGAGCGUGGGCACCUGGGUCCGAGAGCGGGACUUGGGUGUGUCUGACGGGGAGGCGGCCCUUGCCGCUAAGGUCGCCGUGCUGGAGACCCAGCUCAAGAAAGCACUCCAGGAGCUGCAGGCAGCUCAGGCCCGGCAGGCUGACCCCCAGCCCAGCCCAGCCUCGGCUCCACCAGACAGCCCCAUCCGCGUGGACACUGUCCGGGUGGUAGAGGGCCCUCGGGAGGUGGAGGUGGUUGCCAGUACAGCCGCUGGGGCCCCUGCACAGCGGGCCCAGAGUCUGGAGCCCUAUGGGACAGGGCUGCGGUCCCUGGCAACGUCUGGAGGGGUUGAGAGCCCUGCAGUGUUCCGUACCCAUGAGGUGGUAGAGACAGCGUUCCCCACAGCCACUGCAUCCACUGGCAACAUCCACCUGGUGAAGAAAAUUAGCAUCACGGAACGAAGCUGCGACGGGACAGCAGGGCUCCCACCGGCUCCUGCAGAGUCACCGUCGUCACCCCCAGGGAUGGAGGCCACCUCCCGGGCACAGCCUGAGAAGAGUGCAGGUGGGUCGGCUGCCCGGGAUGCUGCUGACGGGGAGCCCACCAGGCAAGCAGCCUCAUGCCAGUCACAGGAGGUGGGGGGCGUAGGUGAGCCCCAGGUCGGUGUGCGGUCCAUCAUGAAGCGCAAAGAGGAGCCCGCAGACCCUGCAGCCCGGCGGAGGAGCCUGCAGUUUGUGGGCGUCAACGGCGGAUACGAGUCCUCAUCUGAGGACUCUAGCACAGCAGAGAACUUCUCGGACAACGAGAGCACAGAGAAUGAGGCCCCAGAGCCAGAGGAGAGGGUUGCAAGUGUGGUCGAAGCCCCCCAGCUCAGGCCCUCGGAGACAGCAGCAGCCAAGACCAGCCAGGAGGAGUGCCAGCUGCCUCGGGAGUCUCAGCACGUGCCUGUGGCGGAGGCAGCAUCAGGAGCGAAUGCAGAGGAGGAGAUCCGGAUGGAGUUAAGCCCUGACCUCAUCUCAGCCUGCCUGGCCCUGGAAAAGUACCUGGACAAUCCGAAUGCCCUCACUGAGCGGGAGCUGAAAGUGGCCUACACCACGGUGCUGCAGGAGUGGCUGCGCCUGGCCUGCCGCAGCGACGCCCACCCUGAGCUCGUGCGGCGCCACCUGGUCACAUUCCGGGCCAUGUCAGCGCGCCUGCUGGACUACGUGGUCAACAUCGCCGACAGCAAUGGCAACACCGCUCUGCACUACUCCGUGUCUCAUGCCAACUUCCCUGUGGUACGGCAGCUGCUUGACAGCGGUGUGUGCCAGGUGGACAAGCAGAACCGCGCUGGCUACAGCCCCAUCAUGCUCACUGCCCUGGCCAACCUGAAGACCCAGGAUGACAUCGAGACCGUCUUGCAGCUCUUCCGGCUCGGAGAUGUCAAUGCCAAAGCCAGCCAGGCGGGACAGACAGCCCUGAUGCUGGCGGUCAGCCACGGACGGGUGGAUGUCGUCAAAGCUCUGCUGGCCUGUGAAGCAGAUGUCAACGUGCAGGACGAUGAUGGCUCCACGGCCCUCAUGUGCGCCUGUGAGCACGGCCACAAGGAGAUCACAGGGCUCCUGCUGGCUGUGCCCAGCUGCGACAUCUCACUCACUGAUCGCGACGGGAGCACAGCUUUGAUGGUGGCCUUGGACGCCGGGCAGAGUGAAAUCGCAUCCAUGCUGUACUCUCGCAUGAACAUCAAGUGCUCUUUUGCCCCGAUGUCAGAUGACGAAAGCCCUGCGUCAUCCUCUGCGGAAGAGUAGCCGUGAGGGAGACCAGCCCCAGAACCAACCGUCCCUCCUCCCUUGCCCCUUGUCUCCUCCCUCGCCAGCCCCCACGCCGACCCACCGAGGCCAAGUCUCAAAGGCAAGUGGGGUUUUCCUUCCGCUUCCCAGGAGGAGCCCCGCAACAGCAACAAGACUCCAGCCUAAAGCGGGUUUCUCCCUGGUACGUCAGUUCAAAGCGGCCGCAGCGCAGACUGGAGCUAAAUUCUUCCAUAAAUUGGCGCCAGUGGCUGAUGCUGGGGCGUGGGUUUGUGAAGAACAUGGAGAACAAUCAACUGGCAAUUAUGGAUGGAGCGGGGUGAAAAGGAGAAUACCGUAUUUUUGAGUCAUUAUCGGGGGAGUGGGGGAAAUCCUAUUCCUUGUUGCCAAAUUUGAAAGUCACUGGAAUUGCAUAUUUUCAUUUUAAUCCCGAAUGUCAUUAUGCGCAGGUCACGUCUGGAGUGGCUUGACGCCCCCGCCCCCUCCCACUGCCCACCCCACAUUUACUUGUCUGCCAGAUAAUAGUGUUUUGUCCACUUCAACCACCACCCCCCCCAACCACUUUCUUGGUAGAAUAUUCUUCUGGUCUCUUCGCAAAGCCAGAUUCUGUCCUUGUCACUCAGGGCUGGAAGCUCAGUCUUUCCUGCUGCUUCCAAGUCAGGGGGGCUCAGGACCCAGCAGCCGAGAUGUGUGAGCAGUUCACAUGCAAGAAUCACCCAGAAAUCUGUCCCCUCCCUGCGUGGAGGCCCUGGCAAAUAUUAAUUUUCCUAGAAAAUCCUUCAGACCUAGGGAUGCAGGAAAUGAAAUCGGUUCCCAGAGCAGCUGCCGAGUCCCUGGACUUGGAACCCUGGUAACACGGGGGCCGCCUUCCACCUCCCCAGACUCCAGAAUUUCUCUCAAAGGAGGGGGGAAAAAACAGGGCAUGCGCUUGCUGGCAAAGCACAGGGCAAGCUCCAGAAACUCCAUGUGUGCACAAUUAAAAGUUGGCUGCCCUCGAGGGCUCCCAGUGCAAACUUAAAGAGACAGGGCUUUGCGGAAAACCAAACAAAGGCCAGCUGGGGUUGGUGAUGUUUUUUUUUUUUUUUUUCCUUUUUUCUUUUUCUUUCUUUAUUUCUUCCUUUCUUUCUUUUUUUUUUUUUUUAAAACCUACGGGCUUUCCGGAGCUGCCUGGACCAGGGCCUGCUGGAAAUCAGGCUCACCAGACACACACAGUUUCCUUCAUGGCCUGUUCUGUCCCCAGAAUCUUAACAGAGUUUUCUUUCCAGUUCCUUCCUUUGGUGAACAAGAAAAAAAAGGGGCGGUGGGUGGGGGAUGGGCUCGGAGCCUUGAGAAGUGCCUUGUGACAGACAGGGAGUCAGAUCCCCAGCUAAUCAGCGUCCUGUCCCCUCAGCUCAGCUGCCAGGGUUGGAGCCAAACCGCAGCUGGACAGAGUGAGCCCUGAGUGCUCAUGUUCAUUCAGGAAAGCGAAGUGCUGGCUUCUCUCCUAGGAAAGAAGGGGUUUCUUGGCUUGAUGGAGUCUGGCGUGCUUUGAUUUUGACAGCAGGGAGGUACCUAAGACAGAAGAGCUUGGACGGUCAAAGAAGACACCCUUGAUUGCGUGUGCAUGUGUGCGUGUGCGUGUGUGUGUGUGUGUGUGUAAAUUGGAGAGAAAACAAAACCAAAGCUGACUGGGGACAACUGCUGUGUGUGACACAAGGCCAGGACUUUGGGCAGCUUUGAGAUGUGGUACCAAAGCUGUACGCCUGUGUGUCUGGUCCCUGCGCCGGCCCUUGGGUUUAAGCUCCUAGAAGCAGCUCAUGGACAAUACCACCACCGCCCCCCAGAUAAGUCUAUUCAUCCCUGCUUCCCUUCCCCUACCCACUGGGCUCGCUGUGCUAGACUAGGCUCCAGGGACGUCCUGCCUUUGUCCCUGUUCUCACGUGUAUUCGUUCGUGACCUUUAGCUCCACUUUCUGACCACGGUACGUCCAUAAAGACAGUAUUACACUUAAAUGAAGUAUUCCUUUUUGUAAUCGCGUUGUAGAAGGUAAAGGAAUUUAAUAAAGCUACCGUAUGAUAAUGUCCA